AGGUGCAUUAGCGCAUUCGUUGGGUCGUCGGCGUACGGGCAAAGCGAGCUCCGCACGCAGCUACGGAUUCGUGGGGGUGUGGUGGUGCUGUCAAGCCAUGUCCGGCGACGACGGCCAGUGGGAGGUCGUGCCCUCGUAUCUCGAUGUGCUGCGGGGAGUGUACAACGUGUGCCACUACGGACUGUACGUGACUAACGGCUCCGAGUCCGUCAGCGCCAGCGCUGGGCCUCAUCGGCGUCCCUGGCUCUUCAUACCGCUCGAAGAUGUCUUCGUGGUGCUCGUGCUGGCCGUCCUCUGGACUCUGGUCAGGCGGCUGCUCACCGAUCGUGUCUUUAAGCCCUUGGGCUGGUGGCUGUCCCUAGAGCCAUCGAAUGUGGCCAAGCUGCCAGAGAGUGCCUGGAAGCUUCUCUACUAUGGAUGUGUCUGGCUGCUCACCGUGUACAUUGUGGUGCUCCAGGGGAAGUACCGCUUUUUCCAGCAGCCCUUCUCCGUUUGGGAUGGUUGGUCCCCGGAGGUGACUGUUCCUUCAGACAUCUGGUGGCUAUACGCUAUACAGUCUAGCUACUAUGUGCAUGGCAUGUAUGCAGUAUUGUAUCAAGACCUGUGGCGCAAGGACUCGGCUGUCAUGCUAGGACAUCACAGCCUAACAUUGGUUCUGCUUGGCAUGUCCUACACCUUCAGGUGCCACAACAUAGGUGUCCUAGUGUUGGUGCUGCACGACCUGUCAGACGUGCUGCUUGAGUUCUCCAAGCUCAACGUGUACCUCAAGGUGCGGGCUGGCCGCAAGCACGUCGUGCACGACCGCAUUGCCUCUGCUGCCUUUGUCUGCUUUGCCAUCACCUGGUAUCUGAUGCGUCUGCACUACUACCCAUGCAAGGUAAUGUAUGCGGCCAGCACGGGACUCUUCGUCAAGCAAGUCUUUCCCGCGCACUACCUUUUCUUCCUGGGACUGCUGUCAGUGCUCCUGGUCAUGAACAUCUACUGGUUUGGGAUGAUCGUGCUCUUUGCGGUGCGGGUGGUGACAGGCGACAUUCAGGAGCUGGAUGACACACGCGAGUACGAUGUGGCCGAGAAGUUGUACUCUUCAACUGCCAGCAAUGGCCGUCACCGAGAGUCUGAUGAAGCUGUAGUCCUGCGACCAGCAAGCCAAGAUGAUGGGGCCAAACCAGAGAAUGGCUUCCAGAACGGCUGGCACGGAGGUGUGCGCGAGCGCCAUACGCAGCCGCAGCCGCAGAACGGCUCUUAGCCGACUACGGUGGCCAGGUCGCUCUUCCCUGCUGUCUGUUAUCCUAGGAUUGGCUGCCCUCUGAUCUGCAUGUCGAGC